GAUCGGCACCGGCACCGAUGUACCGAUGCCCCAAUCAACAGGUAGUGGCCGCCUGCUCACCAUGUCCUCCAUGAUGCGUAUGUUCUCCUCCAUGGUGAGGACUCUCAAAAUGGGCAAGUUUGUCGGGUCCCUAGAUUGCGGUACCACUUCUGUUCGUUUUCUCAUUUUCGAUCAAUAUGCCAAUGUUGUCGCGCAGCACCAGCUUGAAUUUCCUCAGUACUAUCAGCACCCUGGGUGGCACGACCAUGAUCCUUUGGAAAUACGGGAGUAUUCGAAUAGGUGUAUAGAGGAGGCGGUUAAGACUUUGGAGGCUAAUGGGUGGGCCAAAGAAAGCGUCAAGGUUAUUGGUAUAACAAACCAACGCGAAACUACUGUCGCCUGGCACAGAACGACUGGAAACCCGCUAUGCAACGCAAUCGUUUGGGACGACUCUCGGACAAAAAACGUCGUCGCACACUUUCAACAAAAAUUGGAAACCGUCGGUCUUCAAGUCGAGCCAGGCGUGUGGACGAAAGGAGAGGAAGGCGUCGAAACUCUGCGUCAGACGACCGGUCUUCCUCUCUCAACGUACUUUUCAGCCAUUAAGCUGAGGUGGAUGAUAGAUCAUAUACCCGACGUCGAAUCAUGGCUCUUUUAUAACCUCGUAGGAGACACCCAAAAGGCUCGGCAUAUAUGCGAAGUCAGCAACGCGUCCCGUACAUUACUAAUGAACAUUAGCACACUCAAAUGGGAGCCGUUCCUGAUGGAUUUCUUUGGUUUACGGCCAUCCAUUCUGCCUAAAAUUGUAUCGACAUCUGAAGUCUAUGGACACAUCGCCAGUGGACCUUUGAAGGGCGUCCCAAUCGGUGGUCUUGUCGGUGACCAACAGGGAGCGUUGGUUGGGAAUCUAUGUUUGAGGGAAGGUGAGGCAAAAUGCACGUAUGGAACGGGGGCUUUUCUGCUGUUUUGUACUGGACAUGAGAUCGUGAAGAGUACUCACGGCUUGUUGAGCACGAUUGCCUAUCAGGCAGGACCUAAUGCACCGCCGGUCUACGCAUUGGAAGGAAGUAUAUCUGCUGCCGGAAGCGCCAUCAAAUGGUUACGAGACUCCAUGCAACUUAUAAAAACUGCCGCAGACGUGAAUACAUUGGCGGCUAAAGAACCUACAACCGGGGGCGUGUACUUUGUAACCGCAUUCUCCGGGUUACUCGCGCCAUAUUGGGAUCCUGCUGCAGCUGGCCUUCUUAUCGGCGUUUCGCAGUAUACCAACCCGUCGCAUAUAGCCAGAGCUACACUUGAGGCAAAUGCUUUCCAAACUCGUGCUGUGAUAGAAAGUAUGAAGCUCGAUUCUGGGACAGACCUGCAGCACCUGAAAGUAGAUGGUGGUAUGACAAACGGUGAUUUGGCAAUGAGUAUCCUCGCAGACCUAGGAGGAUUCAGUGUCAUUCGUCCGACAAUGCGAGAGUCUACUGCACUGGGCUCUGCGCUACUUGCGGGAUCUGCUGUUAACCUAUUUGGUUGGGACAUACGGAAGCCGGAGACAUUGCUCGAGGUUAACAGAACAGGAACACGAGAAUUCAAGCCAAAAAUGAAUGGCGCGGAGCGUGAAAAACGUUGGGGUUUGUGGCAGCGCGCAGUUGAAAGAUGCAGAGGAUGGGACAACGGCUCAUGCGACGAAUAAUAGAUAUCCAACCAGAUGCAAACUCGAGUGAGGGCUCAUUGAUACCAGUUUACUUAGAUAGCGUAUUUCAGUACAUACUAAUACCUAUUCAUAUUUAAUGUAAUGGGGAAUAAUGCUUUGGCC